AUGAGACUCCUGACCGCCGCGCUGCUCCUGCUGCUCCUGGCGCUGUGCGCCGCGCGCGUGGACGGGUCCAAAUGCAAGUGCUCUCGAAAGGGACCCAAGAUCCGCUACAGCGACGUGAAGAAGCUGGAAAUGAAGCCAAAGUACCCGCACUGCGAGGAGAAGAUGGUUAUCAUCACCACCAAGAGCAUGUCCAGGUACCGGGGUCAGGAGCACUGCCUGCACCCCAAGCUGCAGAGCACCAAGCGGUUCAUCAAAUGGUACAACGCCUGGAAUGAGAAGCGCAGGGUCUACGAAGAAUAG